UAAUUUGAGAAAUAGACGAGGCUACGAGGCUGGCACUGAACCACAUGAUGUUCACACCACAGGGCUCCAGGUUGCGACCAUUUUGGUCGCACAAAAAACUGUCAACUGUGACUAAACAUUUUCAUUGGUCACACUGGUGCGCCUGAAAUUUAGCAGGUCUGAUUAAAAAAAUUAUGUGUAAAAAUAUUUUUUAACAAACAUCAACUGGAUGUGCAGUGGUGAUGCGCAGAUUGGCACUAAUGUGAUCCGAAUCCCCACUUACACAUAAAUCCUCCAUAAACUAAUUAUUUUCUCCAAUAUAGAGACCCGCACCAGCAUGGACAUUUCUCUCCACCUCUACUGGUCCAUGGAGGCUUUAUUGCCAUUGAAAUGAUGUCGAGCAGCACAAGCUUUCCAGGUUUCAAAGCACAGGGGAAUCAGACCAUGUCUACAAUGAACACAGAAGGACAAGAGCAUGCAGUCCUGUUAAACUUCCUCUCCAAACUGGGACUGAAGGAAUUUCAUCCUAACAAGCUCACUCUUCGGUCUCUCAUGGAGAUCAACAAAAACAACAUAUAUGAAGAAGAUGUUUUAUCACUGGAGGAAAUACCACAGUGGUUUCUCAGAAAACUAUUUAAAAUCAAUGCUGAAUGCAGGAACUGCCCACAAUUAUCAAACAAUGAUGAUGACGACGACGACGACGACGACGACGACGACGACGACGACGACACGGAUCUCCUAGACCUUCCCACUGCUGAGGAUAAUGAGGUUAACCCUCUUGAUCUCAUAGCAGCACUCUUCCUUUGUGCUGACAGCUUCUUGCAACAGGAAAUGGCCCUCAAGAUGUCAAUGUGCCAGUUUUCUGUCCCACUGCUGUUGCCCCAUGGCAAUAACAGUCAGUGUACCCUGAUGCUGUGGGCUCUGAGAGACAUCGUCAAAGAGUGGCGUCCACAUGAUUUGUCUGAAUCGAGAGGGUUUGUUGAAGACAACAUUGUUCAAGCAAAUAUACCCUUCUAUUCCUUUGUGAGGCUGAAAAACUGUAGUUUAUCCAAGUCCCAGAUUUUGAAUCAUAUUCUCAGCCGUGGCCAGCAGAAUCACAAUAUGUUCAUACACAGAGACAUGAAAGGAGGAGCACAUGAAAGGAAAAUUGCCAAUGGAUUGGUAGAGGUUUGCUGGUACCUUCCCUGUGGCAGACAAAAUCUUGACAUAUUUCCAAAACCAGUUGCCUUCGCCAAUCUGAGAGGAGACAUUGGUCAAUCACUCGCACAGUUCAGGUUUCUUUUUCAAGUGUCAACUGCUACCUUUGUAUUUCUGGACAAAGUUGAAGAAAAUGAGCACAAGAUUCUGACUUCUCUUCAAGAAGUGAGCUUGAAACUAUUCUUCGUUGUUAAUCGCAAGGCGCCGAAUGCUACAGAGGAUAAGAUGUCUGUCAAGACAACACUGAAAGAAUUAGAUUUACCAAAGAGCAGUGUGAAAACCAAAGUUCCAAGCGUAAAUGUUGCAGAGUUUUCAGAGAAACUCUGCGGAGCCAUCGAGAACUCAUUGACAGAUGUACACACUGGAAUGAACAUUGAAAAUAUGGUUGAAACGGCUGUUGAACUUGGUUUGUCUGUGGACGAAAGCAAAACCAACGAACAAAAGAAGGCAGCUGAGGAGAUUGUUAAAGGAAUUGGGGUGCGGAGUAUACCAGACUACAAGAACCAACAACUUCCUUUGCAAGGCGUUAACUGGAAAAGGUUAUCACAGAUUGAAAUGGAAGAAUGUAGGUUUAAAAAAGCUGGCGAUGUAGGACUGGAAGAAUAUAAAUCUCAGCUACAGGCAGAAAAACAACAGAUUAUGAAGGAGCUUGGCAAACACAAACUGUCAGCUGCUAUGAAGAGUUUUAUUGAAAACUUAUCCAGAAGUGACAAAGAGAAAAGAGAUCUUUUCCUUAAGUGGUUGAAAAUUAAACUGAAUGCACAUUUGCAGUCUGUCAUUAAAGCAUCUUUACUGCAUUACAGUAAGCACUGCAACAAAAAGGAGAAAGACGUGAAAGAGAUUGCAGAGUUGGAUCAGGCGUUGCUGGCUAGCUCUUUAGGAAUAGAGCAUUACAUGAGAGAGAUGGGACUGAUCUAUGAGGUUUCCUUUCAAUCACAAGACACUGCUGGUAAAAUGUCUCAUCUCCCUGGUUUGGCUGCUGAAAUGCUGCUGGAUGGGUAUCUUUUAGAGCUCUUGGAUGGAGAUGCUUCCAACAUCCCAGAGAGAUGGGUGACAGAUGUAUUAAUGGAGCUUCACAAGAAGGUUGGAGAGAAGAGCAGACUGUUGGUACUGACUGUGUUGGGUGUUCAAAGUACCGGGAAGUCGACACUCCUCAACACCAUGUUUGGUGUGCAGUUUCCUGUCAGCAGUGGCAGAUGCACGAGAGGAGCUUAUAUGCUCUUCCUCAGAGUGGGUGAGGAUAUGCAAUGCAAGCUGAACUGUGAGUUUGUAGUUCUCAUUGACACAGAAGGUCUUAAGUCUCCUCAUUUGGCACAACUAGAAGACAGUAAUGAGCAUGACAACCAGCUGGCAACCUUUGUCAUCGGGUUAAGUGAUGUUACCGUUAUCAAUGUUGCAAUGGAGAACUCAACAGAAAUGAAAGAUGUCCUGCAAAUUGCAACCCAUGCAUUCUUGAGAAUGAAGGAAAUUGGUAAAAAGCCAGUUUGUCAUUUUGUGCACCAGAAUGUUUCUGGAGUCUCAGCUCAUGCAAAGACCAAGACCGAAAGAAAACAUCUCUUGGACCAACUCAAUGAAAUGACUCAAAUUGCAGCUGAAAUGGAAAGGCAGCCUUCUAUAAAGGCAUUCACAGAUGUGCUGGACUAUGACAUGGAAAAAAACAACUGGAACAUCCCAGGACUCUGGCAGGGGACUCCACCAAUGUCACCAGUGAACACAGGUUACAGUGAAGCUGUAGCAGAUUUCAAGAAAAAUCUUUUGGAGACAGUGAAAAGUGACAGAAACGAUAAUGUCUCACAGAUCCCAGAGUUUUUAGAAUGGAUGAGAAGUCUGUGGAAAGCAGUCAAAUAUGAGAACUUCAUCUUUAGUUUCAGAAACACUCUUGUGGCCUAUGCGUACGACAACCUUUGCCAAGAGUUCAAUCAGUGGGAAUGGGAGUUCAGAAAAGAGAUUCUCUCCUGGCAGACAGCAGCAGAGUUUGAAAUCGUAAAUGCUGACAACAAACCUGAGCUCCAUCAUGUCAAUAAAUUGGUUGAAUCAAAAAAAUCACAGGUGUUGGACAAAAUAGCAGACCAACUAACAAUAAUGCAGCAGAAACUUCAGGAAUACUACAAAAGGAAAGACAGACAUGUGUGUCUGAUAGAGAAAUACAAAACUGAAUUUUUCAACAGUAUCAGAAGUCUUGCAAAUGAAAUCCAACAUUCAGUAAACAAUAAAUUGGAUUGUGCACUUGAGCUAAGAAAAAGUUCAAAAGAGGUUCAGGACAUUCAAAGAAAACACAGAGAAGUGAUUGAAGAACAAGUUAUGAAACUCUUGAGCGACUGCAAACACCGCACACUGUCUGAAGAAGAAUUGGAAAAUGAGUUUGAAAAGAUGUGGGCUGAAGUCACUGAAAAUGUGACUGGCCUGAAAGAACAAGAUAUAUCUGCAAGAAUCCUCGAACAGUUGAGAAAAAAUGUCUUAAAUCGUAACGUCAAUGAGGAAUUACAGAACAUUGGAGACCUAAAAGAAAUUGUGAAGGGUCCAUUUAAGGCCAAAACUGAACACGUAAAAACAUUUAAAACUGAAAUUACAAAUAUGUUCAAGAAAAAAGAAACAAAGAGAGAGUUGCAGAGCUUUGCAGACGGUGUCAUUGAGUCUUGUAAACGGUUUGUACUUGAAACUGCAAAAACAAACACAGAUUACAAUGAUUGUUUUACAAAGGAGCUUCUGGAAAAAGUAGAUGAGUCCUUUAAACAAUGCAGAAUGUGUUACAAGCCCAAGUUUGAGAUCGACCUGAAACUUCACAUUUGUGGCAUUGCCUCAACAGAGUUCCUUCACAUGCACAGAGAAUUCUUGAAAGAUAGGGAUCCCAAAAUUCAGCUGGAGAAGUACAAGCCACAGUACUUGUUAGAUUUUCUCGAUUUAUACAAAGAGAGAGAUCACUGCCAACGCAAAGCAGCUGAUUAUGUCAGAUGUUGUAUCAAGCCUGCUGUUGAAGAGUUCAUCAGUAGAUCUCUGGGAGUACACAUUGUGGAUGAAAUUUUGACAAGUUGCCAUUCAGCAGAGUACAGUUCCCGCUCCUUUUUCCAGUACAACAUUCAGGAAGAGUUGCUGCGAAAGGACGAUUUUGACAGUUUUGUCAAGUACAUUUGUAAUUAUGAAAUAUAUGUUAAGGAUUGGAUAUUUCAGCAGAUCCUGCAAAACAUGUCAAAGGACAAGACUCUGUGCAAACUGAAGAACAGGAAUCUGCAAGUCAUAGUUCAAAAAAUUACAGAAGCAACAGAACGGGCCUCAAAAGGAGAGGGUGGUGUUCUGCUGCCAGACGACCAGAAAAGCAUCGCACAGCUCAUCAACAACAUGCGCAAAUAUUUGAUCAAAGACGUCUCACUUUCAGUGGAGGCUGAAAAAACCACCCUGUUUCAAAUCCAAAGCACAUGCCAUCCGUUUAAAAGGAGCCUCAUUACAUCAUUGAGUGAACUGAAGGAACAGCUGCAUGAGAAGUUCUCAAGCUCUGAAGACAUCACUGAGACUCUGAACAAACUUCCAAUCAAACCACAAGCUGAGCUUUUCAAGCGGGUGUUUGGCUGUGGACAACAAUGUCCAUUUUGUAAAGUUCCUUGUGAGGCUGGAGGCAAAGACCACAGGACACAUCACGCAGCUCUUCAUCGGCCAAAAGGUUUUGGUGGAUAUAAGAUUGUGGACACUCAAAAGCUGGUUGAAACACUGUGUACAACGGAUGUGCAAGGUGAACGUAAAUUCAGAAACACAGACACUAAAGGGAAGUACCAUCCUUACAAGGAAUACGCCAAGUACUAUCCAGACUGGCACAUUCCUCCAGACUGCACCAUAGAGGCAUCUGACUACUGGAAGUAUGUCAUGGUAAAAUACAAUGACAGAUUUGCCCAAAAAUACAAAGCAAAGCCAGCUGGUGUUCCAGAGGCCUGGAGGAGCAUCACAAAGGCACAAGCACUGAAGGGAUUAAAGGAUGCCUUCAACAUAAAGUGAACGACAUACAAUCCUGACAAAUAUCUUUAAACAAAACAACGCUCAAUCAUAAACAAAUGUAUAGUUUGGAGAAAGCCAAAGGAUGGUGGACUGAACCCGUUAGGGCAGCAGAACAAUCAGUCAAGUUAAAGACAGAUCAAUACGGUUUAAAAAAUGAUCAACUUGGCUGAACCCUUGUCUUUACUUAGAAAACUAGAAGUCGUCAGCCGAAUUCAGUGUAAUGAGAAACAACUCAAAUGUUUUAGAACCUGUGCAUGAAAUUAUUUAAGCAUGACAGAAUUAAAAGCAUACAAGAUUUCAUGUUUUAUUUGUAAGUGUCUGUUGUUUUGUUAGUGUAACUGAUUUUGUGGCUCAAACUCAAAUAAGGACUAAACCAGCGACUGCCAGUGAAAACUGUGGUAUCCUUUGGUCUGGUGAACAUGAUGAAUGAUCAGCUGAACAAGUUUCAGACAAGCUGAAAGGCUGGAAACCGUUAUGUCAGACUUUUAAACAUGUUAUAUACUGUUUCUUGUUUGUUUUUUGUUUGAAGAUUACAAAUGUUUUGCUUUUUUUAUCAAUUUUCUAUAGACCCGCAUGCAUAAUGACUGGUGUGGUUUUUAUUUUUUGGUUUGUUAAAAUAUUUUUUUCCUUUUUUUUCAAGAUGCGACAUUUCUACAUGUAUAAUGACUCGUGUGCACAAUUAUGAUGUUAUAUAUUAAUUAUGAUUUUGUUUUUUGAUUACAACUCUUUGUUUAGAGUUUUCUUUGUUCAUAUUUUUAUAUGCAUUAUAACCAGUGUGCACAAUAAUGAUGACGACAGUGAUAAUGAGGAUUUCCUACAAAGACCAUGUGGAAAAGAUGUUUUGUAACGGAUACGUCAGCAUGGUUCAUUCAUUGCUUCACAGUUGGCUUUCUAAUCGUUACUUGCAAAGAAAAACAAGAAAUAAAAAAUGAUGUGUAUUUGUUACCAGUCAGUACAUAACAAAGACUUUUGAUGCUGACUUGCUUACUUUCCUUUUUUUUCUAUUAUUCUUUUAAAUAAUAAUAUGGUUAUCAAACUAAUAUAGUGACUAGUGUGCACAACAAUGAUGAUGAUGUAGGCCUCUGUGGAACAAAAGCUUGGAGAGUAAAUAAAUCAGCAUUAGUUGGAUUUUUGCUUCAUGCACACAGACUGUGGCGUCCUUUCAAGUGUUGUUAAUGAUUGACUCAUGAUUUUCAUUAUUUUAGACAGAAGAUGUGUUGAACAAGUAACAAAUAAGUUAAAAAGCUGGAAAUGGUUUUAUCUCUGACUUAAACAUGUCUUGUUUUUUUUAAUUAUUUUUGAUGAUGACAAAAGUGUUUCCCUCGUUCGUCUUGCUACACAGCUCUGUGCAUAAUAACUAGAGCCAAAGAUAAUGAGGCUGAUGUUGUUGAUAAUGAUGUUGAAGUACAAAGGCCAUGUGAAACAGAUGCUUUCUAAUAUGUCAUCAUUAUUCUUUAAUAUUUUUUUCUGUUUGAUUUCCAAUAGGAACAUGCAUGACACACAUUUGAUAAAAGUCAGUGAAUAAGAAAUGUAUGUUGCUGUGACUGGCUUUGCUGUUCAUGUUUAAAUAAGGUCUGAAUCCGCCAACAGCAGGUAACACUGCGGCAUCCUCUUGUCUGUUGACCAUGUUGAACUUCAGACCGAUGAUGAGUUGAACAAACUACAAGAAAGUUGCUAUAUUUGUCAUAUUUGUUAACAUUUUCUGUAGUUUUUUGGUUGAAUUUUGAUUAUUACAAAUGUUUAUUUUUUCCUUUUUUUCAAGUUGAUAAACAGUACAGUUAUGUGCACAAUGACGAGUGAUAACGAUGAUUUAUAUGCAAAGAUCAUGUGGAAAAAAUUGAAAUAAAUAUAAUAUUUUAAAAAAGAA